CUCGAAUCUGAAGCUGUUCAAUGAAUUUAUCCUAUUGAUUCUCAUACUUUUUCUUGAUUCUCUAGAUUUGCUACGUGAACAUGUCAAAGCAGAAGACUGUCAUUGUAGGUGCUGGGCCAGUCGGCGCUCUUGCUGCACUUUAUGCUGCUGGCCGCGGCCAUGAAGUCGAGGUCUAUGAAUUGAGAGGAGACCUUAGAGAUCCAUCCACUGUACCACUCAACUUCACAAAGUCGAUCAAUUUGGCCCUUUCCGAGCGAGGUGUCAACUCGCUCAGAAAAGCCAAUGUUCCUGGCUUGAUCGAAGCUGUACUCGAAGAGACUAUUCCCAUGCAUGGUCGUAUGAUCCAUGGAGAAAAGCAGGGAGAGCUGUACGAGGAAUCUCAAAACUAUGAUAUUCACGGAAGGGCUAUUCGUGCAGUCGACAGAGCAGGCCUCAAUAAGCGCUUGCUUGAUGAGCUAGACAAGAUGCCAAACGUCAAGCUAUUGUUCAACCACAAACUGGUAGGCGCUGAUUUCAAGAAGAACAAGGCCUGGUUCGAGAGACGAGACGAGGGUGUUCGACAGGAUCAUGCUCAGAACCCUACUCAAGGAAAAGAGGCCCCUCAUGCUUCUUCUGAGAUUGAGGUAGCAUUCGACUUCAUGGUCGGUGCAGAUGGCGCCCACUCAGCAGUCCGCUACCAUUUGAUGAAGUUCACACGCAUGUCAUACCAGCAAGAGUACAUCGACACGCUAUGGUGUGAAUUCCACAUGGACCCAUCAGCAACCAAGGAUUUCCAGAUCUCCCCCAACCAUCUACACAUUUGGCCUGGUGGCGAGUUCAUGUUCAUCGCCAUUCCUUCCCUGGACAAAUCCUUCACUUCGACCCUCUUCCUUCCUGCCAAGAUCUUCGCUGAGCUGGACAAGGAUCCUUCAUCUUUGGUGGACUUCUUCAACAAGAACUUCCCUGGUAUCGCUGGCAAACUCAUUCCCGAAGCUGAGCUGCAGAAGCAAUACAAGGAGAACCCGCAUCUCCCGCUUAUCAGUAUCAAGUGUGCACCAUACCACUAUGGCUCAUCUGCCGUUAUCCUUGGCGACUCAGCACACGCCAUGGUACCAUUCUAUGGCCAAGGCAUGAACGCCGGUCUCGAAGAUGUACGCACGCUCUUCGAACACCUGGACGCAAACAGCGAUGAUGCAUCCGGCCGUGCUGCUGCACUGGACAGCUACUCAGAACAACGCGCACCCGACGCAGCAGCCAUCAACGACCUCGCACUCCGCAACUACCAGGAGAUGCGCUCAGAUGUCACAUCACCCGUCUACCGCCUCCGCAAAUGGAUAGAAGAGAAGAUGAACGUCUACCUACCAUCCGCCGGAUUCGCAACCCAAUACUCCCGCGUCAGUUUCGGUAAUAUGCGAUACUCGGAAGUGGAGAAGCUGGCACAAAAGCAAGGCAACAUCCUUCUCGCCGGCAUGGGCGGAUUCGUCGCUAUGCUUAUUCCCGCCAUGGCAUAUGGUAGCUGGGCCAUCUGGAGGUGGAAUCGCGCAUCCCAUGCUUCAAAGAUAUCUGUAAAGGGUAUUGCCGGUCUCGGUGGUAUCACUGAGAGAAUCGGUAGAGUCUUCACUUAAAAAGCGAGCAAAAAAUAUGACGAAUGUACGAUAGCGAAUCAGAAGAUAGCAUCCUUUGUAUGAUUAACAGAGAUAUGACUGUACGGAUCUCCUCUUCUCAGUGUACAGGACUAUAAUAGCAACGAGACCGGUGUAGAUAAAAGAUGGUGUGGCAAAUGUGAUUUGAUUUCAGUGCCAAUGAUGCUUUCCUGAUUAGCCACGAAACACAAAAUACUUGUGACGAGUGGGACAAGUUCCUUCGAGAGCGACAGGGCAGCGUGCUCUCUCUGGACACCAUGUCAUCUGAAAACCAUGAUGCCUCUUGACAGUCGUAUCGCCGGC